AUGGCAAAUGACUAUUUGCCGCAAUACACUCAAUAUGUAGACCAGGUGGCUGGUUAUGCUGGUAUGUUUACCAAAAUGCCCCGUGUUGUAACAAAAACACAUUUAGGGUCUCAAUAUAGCGGACUUACAGCCCCUGAACAAAGUCAGCCUCAGUACGAUCAUGAAUCUAAGUAUGAAGCACCCAAAUAUCUAAAGGGAAACCAAGAAGGAUUCAGCGAUGAAGAUAGUUGGAAAGUCAUAGGUUCAUUCUUUAGUACACAUGGAUUGGUCCACCAGCAAAUCGAAAGUUUUAACGAUUUUAUCACAUAUCGCAUGCAAGAAAUUAUAGAUGAGCAUCCUCCAAUUGAGAUAAAACCUCAGCCACGGUAUAGACCAGACGACGAUCUUGAAAGUAAUGUGACAUAUAGACUUAAAUUUGGUCAACUUUCACUUAAUAAACCCUGUGUAGAGGAAAAGGAUGGUGUAUUUAAGCAUAUUUGGCCACAAGAAGCGCGGUUGCGCAAUCUUACAUAUGCAUCGCAAAUUUAUGUGGAUAUUGAACAAGAAACAUAUUUAAAAGAUGAAACAACUGGUGCAGAGACACUUCAGGAUAAGACGACAUAUCCUAGAAUUCCGUUAGGACGCAUGCCUAUGAUGUUAAAGUCCACGUACUGCUGGACGAAGGGCCUAAGUGAAGAAGAUUUAGCGGAUGUUGGAGAGUGUCCGUACGAUCAAGGUGGUUAUUUUAUUGUUAACGGUGGUGAAAGGGUAUUGAUUGCUCAAGAACGUAUGGCUAACAAUUUUAUCUAUGUAUUUAAGAAGAAACAGCCGUCAAAGUAUAGUUUUGUCGCAGAAAUUAGGUCACAAGCUGAAUUUUCUCAGGGUAUCACUCCAUUCAGCAUAAUGAUGAAGUCAAGUUUGGGAGCUCCCGGAUCCCGUUUCAAGUCUCACGGUCAACUUGUAGCAACUAUUCCAUACUUGCGGGCAGAUAUACCCGUUCCAAUCCUCUUCAGGGCUUUGGGAUGUGUAGCCGAUCGUGAUAUUCUGCAGCGUAUUGUCUAUGAUUUUGAAGACAAACAGAUGCUCAAUUUGAUGAGAGCUACCCUAGAAGAAGCUUCUGAUUAUGUUACCCAAGAAACAUGUCUAGAUUUUAUAGGGAAACGUGGGCCAACGGUUGGAGCUCCAUUGGAAACUAGGAUACAGUAUGCCAAAGAUUUGUUAAGACAGCAUUUGCUCCCACAUGUCGGUACGGAGCCUGGUUCCGAAGGGAAAAAAUGCUACUUUUUGGGCUAUAUGAUACAUCGCUUACUCCUAUCUAGACUGGGAAGAAUUAAUGAAGAUGACAGAGAACAUUUUGGUAAAAAACGCUUAGAUUUAGCGGGCCCGCUUAUGGCAUCCAGUUUUGGUACUUUGUUCAGAAAGAUGGCAAAGGAUGCCAGGCGUAUUUUACAACAACAAAUCGAUUGUGGGAGAGCAUUUGAUGUAGCAGGUGCUAUUAGAAGUGCUACCACUAUUACACAAGGGCUACAGUAUCAACUGCUUACUGGAAACUGGGGAAGAGAUAGGGAAGGAAAAAUUGUUCGCACUGGUGUCAGCCAGGUGUUGAAUCGUCUGACAUUUGCCUCAUAUUUGUCACAUUUGCGUCGUCUGAAUACACCUCUUGGAAGAGAAGGGAAAAUGGCUAAACCACGUCAACUUCACAACACUCAUUGGGGUAUGAUAUGCCCAGCUGAAACGCCUGAGGGUCAAGCUGUCGGCCUUGUUAAAAAUUUAGCACUCAUGUGCUAUAUUAGUGUUGGCUCUGUUGCGGCAACAAUUAAUGAAUUUUUGUCAGAAUGGGGUAUGGAUUCUCUAGAUGAGGUUCCGCCUGAAGUUGUAAAGGAUAGAGUGAAGAUUUUUAUCAAUGGAACAUGGGUUGGAUGUUUUGACGAAGCAGAUAGUCUGGUCAGAACACUUCUGGAACUACGUAGACGUGGAGAUAUUUCCUCAGAAACAAGCAUUGUUAGAGAUAUUGUUUCCCAGGAAGUGAAGAUUUUUACUGAUGCAGGUAGAGCAAUGAGACCGCUCUUUAUCGUAGAAAAUGGAAAUACCCUAGCAAUAAAUAAAGAGCAUAUCGCAAUGAUUGAUAAUAAUGAAUGUAAUUGGGAUGGAUUGGUGGAAUCUGGUGUUAUUGAAUAUAUUGACUGUGAAGAGGAAGAGAUGUGUAUGAUUGGAAUGUUUGUAGAUGACCUUAAGGCAAACAAUACGUAUUGUAGCACGUAUACUCAUUGUGAAAUUCAUCCAUCUAUGAUUUUGGGUGUUUGUGCAUCUAUAAUCCCAUUCCCCGAUCAAAAUCAGUCCCCAAGAAACACCUACCAAAGCGCUAUGGGAAAGCAAGCUAUGGGUGUGUAUGCAACUAACUUUAACCUUCGUAUGGAUACAUUGUGCCAUAUUCUUUACUAUCCCCAAAAGCCUUUGGUGUGCACAAGAUCUAUGGAAUUCUUACGAUUUAGGGAGCUUCCCGCUGGUAUAAACGCAAUUGUUGCAAUCAUGUGUUACACAGGUUAUAAUCAAGAGGAUAGUUUGAUUAUGAAUCAAUCAUCCAUAGAUAGAGGUCUUUUCAGGAGUGCCUUCAAUAGAACUUAUAUUAGCGAAGAAAAAUACGUUGGAAGUACGAUAGUUGAGCGUUUUGAACGCCCUGGAACAGCCAAUAUUCUUGGCCUAAAGAGGGGAGAUUAUACAAAAUUAGAUGCUGAUGGGUUAGUUGAGCCUGGUAGCAGAGUAAUGGGAGAUGAUAUCAUCAUUGGUAGAACUUCUACUGCUGACGAAGAAGAUAUGCGUCAAGAUUGCUCUUGUUGUCUAAGAGCUAAUGAAAAUGGUGUUGUAGACACUGUUCUUGUUUCUGUAAAUGCAAAGGGUACGAAAUUUGCAAAGGUAAAGGUCAGAUCAGUUCGUGUCCCUCAAAUUGGUGACAAGUUUGCUAGUAGACAUGGUCAGAAGGGUACUAUUGGAAUAACAUAUAGAACAGAGGAUCUACCAUUUACAUGUGAAGGAAUUGUACCGGAUAUUAUCAUGAACCCUCACGCUGUACCGAGCAGAAUGACGAUUGGACAUUUGGUAGAAUGUCUAAUUGGAAAAGUUGGUGCCUGUUGUGGUAUGGAAGGUGAUGCUACUCCAUUCUCUAAGCUGACUGUUCAACAAAUUGCAGAGCGUCUAUUCGACUGUGGAUAUGCUAGGCAUGGUAAUGAGGCAUUCCAUUGUGGUUUCACAGGUCAAAUGAUCACUAGUAGAAUUUUUGUUGGUCCCACAUACUACCAAAGACUAAAACACAUGGUAGAGGAUAAAAUUCACGCAAGAUCCAGAGGACCGUCCACUAUGUUAACCAGACAACCUACUGAAGGUCGAUCAAGGGAAGGAGGUCUCAGGUUCGGAGAAAUGGAAAGGGAUUGUAUGAUAUCACACGGAGCAGCAAAAAUGCUUAAGGAACGUUUGUUUGAUCAGAGCGAUGCCUAUAGAAUACAUGUCUGCGAUAACUGUGGACUUUGUUGUAUCGCAGAUCUGAAUAAGUCAAGUUUCGAGUGUACAGCUUGCGAUAACAAGACAAAUAUCUCGCAAGUUGCCAUACCUUAUGCUUGUAAAUUACUCAUUCAAGAGCUUAUGUCAAUGGCAAUCUACCCAAAACUCGUACUUACCCCUGCUUGA